AUGGCUUCGAAGAUGCUGAUUCUAACGCUGGUUCUGAUCUCCGCAGUCUGGGCAGAGGAGAAGGAUAAGCUGGUGCAAGGCUCGACGUGUGCCAAGAACUCUCACCCCUACCAAGCUGCUCUCUACCACUCAGGCCACUUGCUCUGCGGAGGGGUCCUUGUCCACCGGGAGUGGGUCCUCACUGCUGCCCAUUGCAAAAAACCGAAUCUUCAGGUUUUCCUAGGAAAGCACAAUCUUCGCGUGACAGAGCCAUCCCAGGAGCAGAUCUCUGUUGUCCAGACUGUGAUCCACCCUGGCUACAUGGCUGCCACUCAUGACCAAGAUAUCAUGCUGUUGCGUUUGGCACGGCCAGCCAAUCUCUCCGAGGCCAUCAAACCAUUGACCUUGAUGAGGGACUGUUCUUCCGCUCAAACCAGAUGUCAAAUCCUCGGAUGGGGCAAGACAGCAGAUGGUGAUUUCCCUGAUACCAUCCAGUGUGCAUACGUCAACCUGGUGUCUCGUGGAGAUUGUGAGCGUGCCUAUCCUAACCAGAUCACCCAAAACAUGGUGUGUGCUGGGGAUGAGAUGUACGGGAGAGAUUCCUGCCAGGGUGAUUCUGGGGGCCCCCUGGUGUGCAGAGGCCAACUUAGAGGCGUCGUUUCAUGGGGCAACAUCCCUUGUGGGUCGAAGGAGAAACCAGGAGUCUACACCGACGUCUGCAGAUAUUAUAGUUGGAUCCAAAAUCAGAUUAAUUCCAGGAGACGCUGUCAUGGGCCAUUCCAGUGCUGA